ACAAGUCGAAGGUUCGCGUGUUUGUUGACAGUCAGUCCCGGCGGCGUCUUGGCGGAGGUACUUUCGUCGUGAAAAAAGGCUUCUGUGGCAUUUAAUACACCAUGAGUUCCAUCGGUACUGGGUACGAUCUUUCAGCCUCACAAUUUUCGCCUGAUGGCCGAGUGUUCCAAGUAGAGUAUGCCCAAAAAGCAGUCGAGAACAGUGGAACUGCUGUUGGCUUACGCUGCAAAGACGGCGUUGUGUUUGCUGUAGAGAAGAUCAUUACCUCAAAACUGUAUGAACCUGGGGCAAAUAAGCGCAUCUUCACUGUGGACACACAUGCAGGAAUUGCCUGCGCUGGAUUAUUAGCUGAUGCUCGUGCUAUCGUUGAUGUGGCCAGAAUUGAAGCUUCUAAUUACCGUGCCGAGUAUGGAAUGCCCAUCCCUUGCAUGCUUUUGGCAGAGCGAGUGAGUACCUACCUUCAUGCCUACACCCUCUACUCUGCUGUAAGACCAUAUGGCUGCUCUGUAAUGAUUGGUGCCUUUGAUAAGGAUGGACCACAGCUUUACCUCACAGAUCCAGCUGGCAUGUGUAAUGGUUUCUUUGGAUGUGCAGUAGGCAAGGCUAAGCAGAAUGCGAAGACAGAAAUCGAGAAGCUGAAACUCAAAGAUUUAAGCUGUAAGGAAUUAGUGAAAGAAGCUGCAAAAAUCAUCUACCUUGUCCAUGAUGAAGUAAAAGACCGUCACUUCGAGCUGGAGCUGUCUUGGGUGUGCAAAGAGUCCGGGGGCCGUCACCAGCGCGUGCCGAAGGACCUGUACGAGGAGGCAGAAAGAUAUGCCAAGGCAGCCCUGGUCGAGGACUCGUCAGACGAGGACGAGGAGAUGUAGAGGCGAGUGAGUGGGACUUACUAGAUGCAGAAGGAAGUCAAACAGAUGGUGUAUUUUUGCCUUCUUUUUUUUUUUUUCUCUUUUUGAUUAUUUGUGAAGACUUGGGUGAUACCACACAAGAUAUCUGAUAAGAUAAGAGUCUUGGGUACGUAAUUGUUUGGUCGUUGAUGAAAUAAACAGUUACUCCAUACAUGAAA